AUGGCGAGAGCGACCAAGUUCGUGAAGCCGAUCGUCCUAUCCGUGUUCAUGUCCAACCGAUACAUCUACGCGCAGGUCAUUCACGAGCCAACAGCCUUCACACUCGCCGCCGCAUCUUCCAUAGAAGCCUCUUUGCGCAAGUCCCUUACAAGCACAAGUGACAAAAUCGCAGCUACAGAGGUCGGGAAGGCCUUAGCUGCGCGCAUGCUGGAGAAGCAGAUUGGUGCUGUGGCGUUUGAGCUGGGACCCACCCAGAUGUACCACGGGAAGCUCAGGUCGCUGCUGGAUGCGUUGACAGGGUCUGGAGUUAUUGGCGCGGCAGGGAAAGAUGCGCCCUUAAAUGGAGUGGGAGCGGGCGCUGCGGGAAAGGGCGUGGUAGGAAAGGGCGCAGCAGGCAACGGCGCAACGGGCAAGGGUCCAGGCAAGGGCGGAGCGGGAGCUACCGCAGCGGGUAAGGGCGCGGUGAGCAAGGGCGCACCGGGCAAGGGCGCUCCGGGCAAGGUCGCGGAAGGGAAGGGCGCUCCGGGCAAGGUCGCGGAAGGGAAGGGCGCUCCGGGCAAGGUCGCGGAAGGCAAGGUCGCGGAAGGCAAGGGCGCUCCGGGUAAGGUCGCGGAAGGCAAGGGCGCCGCGGGCAAGGUCGCGGAAGGCAUGGGCGCGACGGUCAAGGUCGCGGAAGGCAAGGGCGCGGCGGGCAAGGUCGCGGAAGGCAAGGACGCAACUGACGCUGGAGCAGUGGAUAAGGGUGCGGGGAAGAAAGGCGCAGCAGGCAAGGGCGCAGCAAACAAGGGCGCAGCAGACGAGGGCGCAGCAAACAAGGGCGCAACAGACAAGGGCGCAGCAGGCAAGAGCGCAACAAACAAGGGCGCGACAGACAAGGGCGCAACGAACGCACAGCACGCGGCGCGUCCUCACUUGGCCGCGCCGCCUCUCAUGGCCGCGCCGCCUCACAUGGCAACAGCUGAGGAUGUGGCGAUCCACACCCUGAAGAAGGCCGUAUCAAGAAAUGAUUCUGCCGAGUCGAACGAUGAUUCUGCUGCGCCGAACGCACGGCCGCGCCACCACGACGUGCAUCCUCAUAUGGCGACAGCUGAGGACGUGGCGAUCCACACCCUGAAGACGGCAUCCACACCUGCACGUCCUGCUCGGUUGAACGCGGCACAAUUGCGCCAACCCAACGCACGUCCUCACAUGGCGACGGCUGAGGACGUGGCGAUUAUUCACCCGGGAUCUGCAAAGGCGACGGCGGCGCCAACUCUGCGCGCGAAGGAGGGAGAGGCGCGUCCUCACAUGGCGACGGCUGAGGACGUGGCGAUUAUUCACCCGGGAUCAGCGAAGGCGGCGGCGGUGCCGAUGCAAGCUGAGGAGGGCGAGGCGUGGAGAAAUGUGGUGGCUGAUGAUGGCAAUGAUGACGAUAGUGACAGGGAGAACGACAAUGAUGGCGACAAGGAGAACGAUAACGACAGAGACGGCGACAGGAAGAAUGACAACGACAGGGAAGGCGACAGGGAGAAUGAGAAUGAGAAGGACGAUGACAACGAUGCAGUGGUCUGGCAUGGCGUGAAUGUUGACAGCAAGGGACAGCGACGGGGCAGGACUCACGGCAGUGACAAGGGAGCAUCAUCCCCUGUGUCUCGCUUCAGCAACAACCGUGGCUGGGAGCCUCGCAACAAUCAGCGCACUGGGCUGCACAAGGCGGCACAGCAGUUUCGCAUGGCGACAAGCAGCGAUGUGGCCAUUCGCGAGAGCGGGAUGCAAGGUGCGAAGCGUGGUGUGAACUACGGGAGUGGGCUCGACAAGGCACCGGAGUUUCACAUGGCAACAGCCAGGGAUGUGGCCAUUCACAGGAGCGGUGGUGUGACCCGCGGGAAUGGGCUCGACAAGGCACCGCAGUUUCGCAUGGCGACAAGCAGCGAUGUGGCCAUUCGCGAGAGCGGGAUGCAAGGCGCGAGCCGUGGUGUGAACUAUGGGAGUGGGCUCGACAAGGCACAAGCGUUUCACAUGGCAACAUCCAGGGAUGUGGUGAUUCACAGGAGCGGUGGUGUGACCCGCGGGAAUGGGCUCGACAAGGCACCGCUGUUUCGCAUGGCGACAAGCAGCGAUGUGGCCAUUACUCACAGGAGUGGGACUCAAGGCGAGAGCCGUGGUGUGAACUAUGGGAGUGAGCGGCUGGGUUCUCUUGCUUUUGCACAAGCUGAGGGCGGCGAUUGCGAUGGUGACAACAACGGCGACAACGGCGGGGAUAAUGGAACUGGUGGUGACAACGGCGUUGACAAUGGCAGCGGCAGCGGCAGCAGCAGUAAUGGAGGAGGAGGGCCGAUUGAUAUCGACGCGAUCCUGGAGGUGCACAACGCAGCGCGUCGGGAGGUGGGGGUGGCGGACCUGGCAUGGGACGACGGCGUGGCAGCAGCAGCGCAGGAGUGGGCGAACCAGCUAGCCUCCACGGGGUGCCCGCUGCAGCACGGCGGCGCGGAGGGGCUCGGGCAGAACCUGUACUGGCGGCGGCCGGCAGCGCUGACCCCCGAGGAGGAUCGUAUGGCGGUGCAGGCGUGGGUGGAUGAGAAGGCGGAUUGGACUCCCAGCCCGGUGCCCGAGGGGUGUGUGGAGGGGAGGAUGUGCGGGCAUUACACGCAGGUGGUGUGGGGGGGGACGACCCAUGUGGGGUGUGCGUCAGCGCAGUGCCCUGAUGGGGGUGGCAUGUGGGUGUGUGAUUACUCGCCCCAGGGGAACAUCAUUGGGUCCACUCCGUUCUAG